AUCAUAGCAAUAUAUAGCUUACUUAUAUUUGAUAACGUUUAAUUAGAAAUUAUUUUGUUUUGUUAUUUGGUUACCAUGGUUAUUGAAACACGUAUUACACUUAUUUCUUAACCUGAAAAUAUUCUCGGAUCAAUUUUGUACUAUUAAUAAUUUUAUCUUUUUUUUACAAAAUAUUUUAUUGACAUUUAUUCUCAUGUCAUGUUUAAAAGAUACUCAGCCUGAUUGUAAGUGUCAAUAUACAUUAACAUUGACAGAUGAAAUAGUUCAUGAACAGUUUUCUGAAAUGAAAGACAGUUUCAAUCAUGUGCCUAGUAUACAUGAGGUGGAUGAAGAAGAAACGGAUGAAGAAAAUGCUUGUGAUUUAGAACUGAAAACUCCAAAAGAUAUUGAACUAACUGCAGAUCAAUUAAAAGAUACUGCAGAUACUAUAGAUGAAGAUUCUAUUUAUAGUAAUGAUUCAUUUUGUUCUGAUGAAUCUUAUGAUGAAUCUGAAGAAACUAAUGGUACAUUAAGAUCACUUAAUGACUCUCAUUUUUCUCCUCAUCCUCAAAUCAGUACGCGCAAAUUUAGUCACGAGGAAAUUAAAAACGAACAGGAAAAAUCUGAAAAUAUAACGCAAAACAAUGAAAUUAUAAAUUCUAUUGGUAGAAGUUCAAUAUCUGAAGAUAAUUCCAUAGGAAUCAAACAAGUAAAAAAUAGAAGAAAAAAUAUGAGUUUUACAGAUGAAGAAAUACGAAAAAUCGAAUGGGAAAAUCAAAUUUUGUUAAGAAAGAUAAUGGCACAACAGAAACCAAAAGAAAAAGUAUUUUAUGAAAAUAUCCCACCUUCACGAAUAAGUAGUUCUGCAAUAAAUAGAAAGAAAUUACAAAAGAAAAUAGAAAAUGAAAAUAUACUAUUGCUCCAAAGGAUACAACAAACUAAAUCACGAGUUAUGAAUAAUAUGACAAAACCUGGUUGUAGACAAACAAUUUUAUAAUCUGUAACAAAUAAUUAUAAUUUUAUGCAUUUUAUAUUAAAGUUAAAAGAAGAAAGUUUAUAAUAAAUUAUGUUAUAUAUUAAAUAUCUGUAAUAUGCAAAUAUUAUAACUGUGAUUUUUUUAACACAUAAUAUAAAAUUGCAAGUAGUCAUUGUGUUAUUGUAAAAAAAAUGUAUAAAAUUUCAUAAAUGUAUAUUACACUAUUUUUGUAAUAAAACUAAUUUUAUUAAAUUAUUGUUUUAUUCAAACAUAACAUUUCUAUUAUCAUUAAAGCUUUAGUAGAAUUAAUAACUAAAUUUUUAAAUUACUAUUAAAAAUUAUUAAAUAUUAUAAGUCACUUUUUUAGAACAUUAUUUAUGAAUAUAAGAUUCAAAUUAUUAAAACACAGCAAUUACCAGUCUUGAAGAGUAGGUACACAUUUUUAUUUUGUUUUGUAUACAUCACAACUUUGUAAAAUGUUUUGAAAACUUACCAAAGAAAUUUCUACAAGUCAAGACUAUAAAAAUCACAGUUCUCACUCGUUCCAAAUAACUUAAUUAUUACCUCUUUUUAUGUAACAUCAAGACCAACAUUCUUUGAGUAUUGUGAUUAUUUUUCAUUUAUAUUAUGUAGAAAGUAUAAAAAAAA